GUCUAUAUCGCAUGAGCACCUGAUUGUUUACAACAAUUACUCAGUACACGAACAAUGCAGUUGUUGUAUGCACCGCCCUUCGAGGAUAUAAGGUGAGUAUAUUUCGACUCCAAAGCCGUUUCCUAUCCCCCAUCGCGAGAUAUCACACAAAUAGAUACCUGCCUAUCCAACAUACCUAGUUUUUACGAACAAAAAACUUAUUUUUAUUGACAAUUAACCCAUUUUACCUUUUUACCUCAAAUAAUUCAAAAUGUGGGACCUCCAGUCUCUUGACGACUCCAUCAGCGUCAUCUCGGAAUCGACUCUCUCUCCGAGAGACGCCUGGCCGUGCCUAGACAACCCGUCCGGUUUUAUGGGGUACCGUACCGACCGGCAAACGACAGGAGCGUUUGCAGCCCAAGACAUCGCUUUCAACAUUGAGCGGAUUGGGUCAAUUACAUACAACCACUACGAAUGCGGCCCUUGUGGCAAGUGUGGUUGUAUGACAGGUUGCAAAUGUGGUUCCAAGCCGUGUACCACAUACAAGUAUGUACCUUGCGGCACAUGCAGUUGCAUACCGUGCAAGUGCAUGCCCACAAGUGCUCCUUGUGCUCCCUGUGCUCCCCCUCCCAGAUGCACCGGUGUCCCAGGUCCUUGUGCGGUGGCCACACCUUACCCACAACCGGCACCGACGUGGACGUGCCCGCCGCCAGUCUGGACAUACCCAGUCUGCCCGCAGCCAGCACCGGUACUAGCAUAUCCGACAUGCCCACCAGCACCGGUAUCGGCAUAUCCGACAUGCCCACCAGCACAAGUAACAUGCAUGACUUGUAGCUGUGCACCAUGUCGUUGCGGAGGCGGUAUGCCUCAACCUCCACACGGGCCACACCCGAGGUGUAGGGGCCCAGAGGCCACCGUGCCGAAGCCAUGCCACGGGGUUCAGGCCCCGAUUGUAUGCAGGAGCAAGGCACCCCUUGCUACAAUGGCAAUGCCACGGCCCGAGGAGUAUCCCUUAGGGGGCGCUAAGAGCAAAUUGGCCAAGGAAGCGAUCCCAUUGAAAUGGUCUGAGGAUAGGCUGCCAAUAGAACACAAGACUAAGGCGGCCCAACCUGCGACGGAGCGACCAUUGCCUGAAGACCCCUUUCAAGGCAAAUUGGUCAGUAAGACUUUAGAUGCCACGAUGGGGAUGCCCUGGCCAUCAGAUAUGCUCCCUGGGUCGCGGAAGCGAAAGGCCGCGGAGAUUGAAUUAGAGCUGUCUCAACCGCCUCCCUUGAAGCUCUUGGCCAAGCCGUUGGAGAAGACCCCACAUGACGAAGAGGAACGUUCGCCGGUGCCGCCACCUAAGAAGGUCAAGGUUGCAGAUGGCGGAAGUGGAUGGGCGGCUCUUGACCUUCCACCCCCUACAAAUUUCCUACUCGGUGGAAAGGGCGCAGGAAAGGACCGGGCGGCAUCGGCAUCGGCACCGGAGUUGUUUGCUACGACUACGAGCGCCGAAGAAGUCCGGGCGUCGCCUGCCGCUGCGCCAAUCCCGGACCCAUUCUACAUGGCGGCGCCUACGGUUCCCAGAUCGGUACCACCCCCUGCCGCGCCUAGGCCGAGUUUGAUAGCCAAUGCGGAGCUGCAUGUUCAGAAAACGGUAGCUCCUCCUGCGCCGACGCUGACGAUGGACCUGCCGGGACAUGAGGCCCCUAGAAAGUCGCCGCCUAAAAGAACUUACAAGACGAUGACUCUUGAUGCCAACUUGGGCACAGACAUCGGCUAUGGGGGCUAGCGGUUAUUAAAGCUAGAACUUCUAACUGUUAAGGCGGGGUUUCUUAGGUUUGUAUAACGAAACGGUGUGGGGGCGUUUUGGGAGCUAUAUCAACAUCUUUACUACUAACAUAGGUAGGGGUACAUGUUUAUUGUUUACUAGUUAGGAUAAAGACAUCGUUAUAAGAGUUUUUUUUGGGGGGGAAAAUGCUUGUAUGUGGCAGUGGAUACGUACCUCCUACUUCUAUGUCACAAGUG